AUGAACGUUUCAGAUUUCAUUGAUUCCAAUGAUUUUGCCAUCGAAUUCGAUGAUAUCGAAACUAAUUAUGUUUAUCAAGAAAAGGCCCAUUCAUCAUCUUUUAGUUUACCUGACAAAUUAAAUUUAUUAUCAUUGAAUUUGAACAAUUAUUCAUCACCAUCUACCAAAUCUCCAAGUCCAGAAUUCUUAAAUUAUAAAAAGUUGGAUGAAAAUAUGACAAUUAAUCCUCAAGAUUUGAUGAGUAAAGAUGAUUAUGUAUUACCAUCAUCAAUUUCCUCACCAAAUUUAACAAGUUUAAAUAUUAAAAGUUCAAUUUUUGAUCAAACUGUACCUCCAGUACCUUCAUUACCACCAUAUUCCGGACCAGAAUUGAUUAAUUCUAUGGGACAAGAUUUAUUUGAACCAAUAACACAUAAUAAACCAUUCAAAAAGAAAAGAUCAAUGUCAAGUACAUUAUCUAAAGUUAAUUUGGAUAUGAAUAAUGAAUGUGUUAAUGCUAUCAAUUCAUGGAUUAAUGAUUCUAAUGAAUCUAAUCCAACAGGGAUAUUUCGUAGAAAUUCAUCACCAGCUCAAAUUCCUAAAGUAGUUCCAUUAUUAUAUGGAGGUAUUGAUAAACGUAGAAGACGUAAAAGUCAUUCUAUCAAACCUGAAGAAGUAGAGGAAAUUAUUGAAAAUGAAGAAGUUGAAAAACCUCAAGAAGUCAAAGAAGUUCAAAAAAUUGAAGUGGUUGAUAGUGUACCAUUUCAUAAUGGACGAGUUUUAAAGAAUCAACCAAUUGUUAUUCCACCUCAAGAAGAAGGUAAACCUUUCACAUGUCCUGAUUGUCCUAAACAAUUCAAAAGAUCUGAACAUUUAAAAAGACAUAUUCGGUCAGUACAUUCAAAUGUUAGACCUUUCCACUGUAAAUAUUGUGAAAAACAAUUUAGUAGAUCAGAUAAUCUUGCACAACAUUUAAAAACUCAUUAUAGAAUUAAUGCUAAUGGCACUACUUCUAUUAUUUAUGGUAAUCCAUUAAUUUAUCAUAAAAGGAAAAAGAGUAGAGAUCAAGAUUUUGAAGAUGUAAAUUGGAAAACAGAAAUCACAAAUUGA